AUGUACUUGACACUUACCAACAUCGCGAAGACGGCCUUCACCGGGGGUUACCGUGACAAGUCUCAAGCAGCCUCCCGCCAUGGUGAAGAAGAUCACACGUAUAUCAAAGGGGACAUCGAAACUCGCGGGCCAUGUCCUGGGCUGAACGCCCUGGCAAACCAAGGCUACCUGCCGCGAGACGGGAAGAAUCUCACCAUUCCUCAAGUCCAACACGCCCUCGAGACGGCCCUGCACAUGUCUCCGCUCGCCGCCGGGUCGCUCUGCAGCAGUCUUCCCCCGCUACUGCGUAAGGACGGCACCUUCGACCUCGUGGACACCCGCCGUCACAAUGUCAUCGAGCAUGACUCCUCCUUCACCCGGCUUGACUUUCACCAGGGUGACAAUUACACCUUCCAGCCAGACAUGUUGCAGGCUAUGAUCGAUGAUGCGGAUGGCGGGCCGGUGACCCUCCGAUCGCUAGCCAAGACAUUCAUCCGUCGGGACAAGGAGAGUCGGGCUGCAGGGGCUCCAAAACUGCCGUUGAGGCUCUGGUUUGUUCGAGUGUUGCAGGCAGUUGGGGUGAUGAACACGGCUCAGACUGGUGGCAUCUUGACCAAAGAAGUGUUGCAUGCUGUUUUUGUGGAGGAGCGGUUUCCGGAGAUCAUCCUCGAGAACCCAACACCGAGGACUGUCUUGACAUUGCUCGGGAAUGCGCUGGGAAUGAUGCGAUAUGUCAUCUUUGGGCCUUAG